GCGUACUUUUAUGUGUUACUGGAUCUUUGGCACCUUAGGUCAUGAACCUUAACUCCACCCUCGGUCAGGUUUCCCCUUUAUCUCCCUCCAAACCACAUACCGCGACAACUCGACUUUGGCACAGCACCAUACGCAGCUCCUCCAAUAACUCUUCCCUUGGCUCCCAUCCAUCUACAACCACCGCCUAUAUCAUCGACCUCGCUAUUGAGACUCGCCCAACAUGGCCAACGACGAAUAUGACUUUCUCUUCAAAGUGGUUCUGAUCGGAGAUUCGGGUGUCGGAAAGUCCAACCUUCUUAGUCGAUUCACGCGAAACGAAUUCAAUCUGGAUUCCAAGUCCACCAUCGGUGUCGAGUUUGCCACGAGGUCUAUUCAGGUCGACUCGAAGACGAUCAAGGCACAGAUCUGGGACACUGCUGGCCAAGAGCGUUAUCGCGCUAUCACCUCUGCCUACUACCGCGGUGCUGUGGGCGCACUCCUCGUAUACGACAUCAGCAAGCACCAGACUUACGAAAACGUGACGAGAUGGCUCAAGGAGCUGCGAGACCAUGCUGACGCCAACAUCGUCAUCAUGCUGGUCGGCAACAAGAGCGAUUUGCGCCAUCUACGCGCUGUGCCUACCGAGGAGGCCAAGUCCUUCGCCAGCGAAAACCACCUCUCUUUCAUUGAAACAUCUGCUCUCGAUGCCAGCAACGUUGAACUGGCUUUCCAAAAUAUUUUAACUGAAAUCUAUCGGAUCGUAUCAAGCAAGGCCCUCGACUCGGGCGACGGCGCGCAGGCCAACAUUGGUCCUGGUGAAAGUCUCAGCCUCAGCAAGCCGGCAGAUGAUGGCGCAGACAAGGGAGGCAAGUGCUGCUAAGCGGGCCGCCUCCCUGCUUCUGUUUUUUUUUGGAACUUCUCGAGAUCGUUAGCCUGGCAUGGGUUAGAUACGAUAUCAUGGCGUCUCACAUGUGUCCCGGAAACAUGUAUGUCUCCUAGUAAGGGAAGGACACGGG